GAUUUUGUACGUCUAUAAAUUGGAACCUCCAGACAAGUGUCUCACUGAAAACUCUUUUUCGUCGCUUGAUUUUCUUUGCUCGUGAGUGAAGGAAAAAAAAAAAAAAAGGAAGCAAUUCCAAGUUUCUUCUUCUAGCUUUCUCGUGUGAUCUUCUUCUAAGGGGGGGGGAGUAGGAUAGGAGGAGGAGAUGGCAGCGGUUAAGAACUUGGAGAAAAUGGCUUCUAUUGAUGCUCAAUUGAGGCUUCUUGCCCCAAGUAAGGUGUCGGAGGAUGAUAAGCUGGUGGAAUAUGAUGCUUUGUUGUUGGAUCGAUUUCUUGAUAUUCUUCAGGAUUUACAUGGGGAGGAUCUCAGAGAAACUGUUCAAGAGUGUUAUGAAUUUGCAGCUGAGUAUGAGAGAAAACGUGACCCUAGGAAAUUGGAGGAACUUGGGAGUGCUUUGACAAGUUUGGAUCCUGGGGAUUCUAUUGUUGUAGCGAAAUCUUUCUCCCAUAUGCUUAGUUUAGCUAAUUUAGCUGAGGAAGUUCAGAUUGCUUAUAGGAGGAGGAUAAAGUUAAAGAAAGGUGGCUUUGCUGAUGAGGCCAAUGCUACAACCGAAUCAGAUAUUGAAGAAACCUUCAAGAGACUUUUGCAGUUGAAUAAGUCUCCUCAAGAAGUAUUUGAUGCUUUGAAGAACCAGACUGUAGAUUUGGUUUUUACUGCUCAUCCUACUCAGUCUGUUCGUAGAUCUUUGCUUCAAAAGCAUGGCAGGAUUAGGAAUUGCUUGACUCAAUUGUAUGCAAAAGACAUAACUCCUGAUGACAAACAAGAACUUGAUGAAGCUCUGCAAAGGGAGAUUCAAGCAGCAUUUCGUACGGAUGAAAUCCGACGAACUCCUCCAACGCCACAAGACGAAAUGAGAGCUGGAAUGAGCUACUUUCAUGAGACAAUCUGGAAAGGUGUACCGAAAUUCUUGCGAAGAGUGGAUACUGCUUUGAAGAACAUAGGAAUUGAUGAGCGUGUUCCUUAUAAUGCUCCUCUUAUUCAGUUUUCAUCCUGGAUGGGUGGGGAUCGAGAUGGAAACCCCAGGGUUACACCAGAAGUAACGAGAGAUGUUUGCUUAUUAGCUAGGAUGAUGGCUGCUAACUUAUAUUUUUCCCAGAUAGAGGAUCUUAUGUUUGAGUUAUCUAUGUGGAGAUGUAGUAGUGAGUUACAGACCCGUGCUGAAGAACUUCAUAGGUCCUCAAGAAAGGAUGCAAAGCACUACAUAGAGUUUUGGAAACAAAUUCCUCCAAAUGAGCCCUACCGUGUUAUUCUUGGUGAUGUACGAGAUAAGUUAUACAAUACACGUGAACGUGCUCGUCAUUUAUUAUCCAGUGGAAUGUCUGAGAUUCCCGAAGAUACAACUUUCACCGAUGUUGAGCAGUUCCUAGAGCCUCUCGAACUUUGCUACAGGUCUCUUUGUGCUUGCGGCGAUAGGCCAAUUGCUGAUGGGAGCCUACUUGAUUUCUUGCGGCAAGUUUCUACAUUUGGGCUUUCACUUGUAAGACUGGAUAUCCGACAAGAAUCAGAAAGACAUGCCGAUGUCAUUGAUACUAUCACUAAUUACCUAGGCAUUGGUUCAUACAAAGAAUGGUCAGAAGAACAAAAGCAAGAAUGGCUACUAUCUGAACUCAGUGGCAAACGCCCACUUUUCGGUCCUGAUCUUCCGAAGACAGAAGAGACUGCUGAUGUUCUUGACACAUUUAAUGUCAUUGCAGAGCUUCCUUCAGAUAAUUUUGGUGCCUACAUUAUCUCAAUGGCAACAGCACCAUCUGAUGUGCUUGCUGUUGAGCUCUUACAACGUGAAUGUCAUGUGCAGAAGCCAUUGAGGGUUGUCCCAUUAUUCGAAAAACUUGCUGAUCUUGAGGCUGCUCCCUCUGCAAUGGCUCGUCUCUUUUCAAUUGACUGGUACAGAAACCGAAUUGAUGGUAAGCAAGAAGUCAUGAUUGGGUACUCGGAUUCAGGAAAGGAUGCUGGUCGUCUCUCUGCAGCUUGGCAGCUAUAUAAGGCCCAAGAAGAGCUCAUCCAAGUGGCAAAACAGUAUGGAGUUAAGCUCACAAUGUUCCAUGGCCGUGGAGGAACUGUUGGCAGAGGAGGGGGACCUACUCACCUUGCUAUAUUAUCUCAACCUCCGGAUACAAUUCACGGUUCACUUCGUGUCACGGUUCAAGGUGAAGUUAUUGAACAAUCUUUUGGGGAGGAACACUUAUGCUUUAGAACACUUCAACGUUUUACUGCGGCAACGCUCGAGCAUGGUAUGAAUCCACCUGUUGCUCCGAAGCCAGAAUGGCGUGCUCUCUUGGAUGCAAUGGCCGUUGUUGCUACAGAGAAAUAUCGCUCCAUAGUUUUCCAAGAACCCCGUUUUGUUGAAUACUUCCGCCUAGCAACCCCAGAGUUGGAAUAUGGUCGAAUGAAUAUUGGAAGUCGUCCAUCGAAGAGGAAGCCCAGUGGAGGAAUUGAAUCACUGCGUGCAAUUCCAUGGAUUUUUGCUUGGACUCAGACAAGGUUUCAUCUACCAGUUUGGCUUGGCUUUGGAGCAGCAUUUAAAUAUGCUAUUGAGAAGGAUGUGAAGAAUCUUCACAUGUUGCAGGAGAUGUACAGCCAAUGGCCUUUUUUUAGAGUCACAAUUGACUUAGUUGAAAUGGUGUUUGCCAAAGGAGACCCUGGCAUUGCUGCUCUGUACGACAAACUUCUUGUUUCCGAAGAUCUAUGGUCAUUCGGAGAGCAAUUGAGAGCUAACUAUGAAGAAACUAAAAACCUUCUCCUUCAGGUAGCUAAACACAAGGAUCUUCUUGAAGGAGACCCCUACUUGAGGCAGCGACUCCGUCUUCGUGAUUCUUACAUAACCACCCUUAACGUUUGCCAAGCGUACACGUUGAAGCGAAUCCGUGAUCCAAACUACAACGUGAAAGUUAGACCUCACUUGUCAAAGGAAUACCUUGAAUCAAGCAAAUCUGCUGCAGAACUUGUGAAGCUCAAUCCUCAAAGUGAGUACGCCCCGGGUUUGGAAGACACCCUCAUUUUAACGAUGAAGGGUAUUGCUGCUGGCAUGCAGAACACCGGUUAAGAUGAGACUAUGCCAUGUGGAUGCAACGUCUACGCCUGUUUUCCUCCAUAUACAUAGAUGUAUAUCGGUCGUGUUGCUGUGCUCUUAGGCCACCCCUCUAAUCAGUCUCUUUUGUAGUAACUUAUGUAAUAAGGACUUCUGAGUUUAUAAUAGUUGGAAAUGCAUCGAGUGUCAAUCUUUUUCCCCUGUAA